AUGAUUCGUAAAAACGCUCGCCUCCGCAGAGAAUUUCUCUAUAAAAAAUCCCUCCAAAAAGAAGAACGUGAAAGGCUUGAUCGUAAAAUUCGUAUUCGUGAAGCCUUAGAGAAGGGUAUUCCAAUCAGCGAGGAAGACAUCCGAAAAGAAGCAGAAGAAAAUGAAUUCGGAGUUAAAGAAUAUCUCAAUAUAUUAUCGAACAAGAAGGAAGAGAAUGAUCCUAAAGCUCAACUUUCAAACAUGAUUGAUAAUGAAUAUGCCAACGCUGGUUCUCAAGAUCCUAAAAUACUUAUUACUACUGCUUUGGAUCCUUCCGAUAGGCUGAAACGAUUUAUGAAAGAAUUAAGAUUUCUAUUUCCGAAUUGUCAAAGAAUGAAUCGUGGUAGACAACAAAAUCAAGAAAUUGUUGAUGUUGCCAUCCAAAAUGGAUUUACAGAUUUGAUUAUGGUACACGAAAACAAGGGAGAACCUGAUACGCUAAUUGUUUCUCAUUUACCUCAUGGCCCAACAGCAUACUUUACCAUGUUCAAUGUUGUGAUGAGACAUGAAGUAUUAAAUCUAAAAGAAGAAAAGAUGCCACAACAAUAUCCACAUUUAAUAUUUCAUAAUUUUAAAACGAAAUUGGGUGAAAGAGUGGCAACCAUUUUGAAAAAUGUAUUUCCUGUGCCAAAACAAGAAUCAAACCGUAUAGUCACAUUUGCAAACGACAAUGAUUUUAUUUCAUUUAGACAUCAUGUGUAUAUGAAGAAUUCACCUGGUGUUGUUCCUCCCAUUCAAUUGAAAGAGGUUGGACCUAGAUUUGAGUUACAAUUGUUCCAAAUUCGAUUGGGUACUCUUGCAGAUAAAGAAGCAGAAUUGGAAUGGGUAUUACGACCAUACAUGAAUACAGCAUCAAAGCGUCAAGCAUUAGGAGCUAGUAAAAGUGAGCUCACCCAAGAAGAAAGUAACAAGUUAACAGCAAUAAAAUAA